AAAAUUCAAUAGAAUAAUAUUUAAAUUAAAUUUCAUUAUUUAAAAAAUAUAAAAAUUAACAAUUAUAUAAAAAUAUUAUUUUAAUUAUAAAUAUAAGGUGGGCCUCCCUACCUGUAUCAUUUAUCUCAACCCCUCUAUUCCGACCUAAUUUUUUCGAAAAAGAACAAAAAAAAAAUAAAAAUAAUUAAAUUUGCUCUGGUUUUCUAUAUAACACCACCUUCAUAGGGAACAUCAAAUCCACAAUCAUCUUCCCUAUUCUACAAUUUCCUACCAAUGGAGAAUAACCAGCAAAACCAGCAGCUCAACCAGCACCACCAGCAGCUCAACCAGCAACAGCAGCACCAGCAACAACAACAACACCCGCCACCGCAGACCGGAAUGCCUCCUCCUCCGAUGCCAUAUCCAACCCACAACCCUUACCACCACAUUCUUCAGCAUCAAAAACAACAACUUCAGCGUUUCUGGAACCUCCAGAGGCAAGAAAUCGAACAAACUACCGACUUCAAAACCCACAAACUUCCCUUAGCCCGAAUCAAGAAGAUCAUGAAAGCUGAUGAAGAUGUUCGAAUGAUAUCGGCUGAUGCACCUGUUCUGUUCUCCAAAGCAUGUGAGAUGUUCAUCCUUGAACUAACUUAUCGAUCCUGGCUGCAUGCAGAGGAAAACAAACGGCGUACUCUUCAGAAGAACGAUAUUGCUGCUGCGAUUACUCGCUCUGACAUCUUCGAUUUCCUUGUUGACAUUGUUCCACGUGAAGAGAACAGGGAUGAUGGUACUCAUGGGAUUGGAGGGAUUAUGAGCGCUGCUGGUGCUGGUAGCAGCAGCGGCGUUCCUGAUUACUACCCUCAUAUGGGUCAAGACCAGCAGCCGCCCAUGCCCCCAAUGCAGACAAUGCCAACCAUGCCUAUGGUCGAUCCGGGGAUGUAUGCUCAUCCGCCGUCCCAGGCAUGGCAGUCGGUUUGGCAGACAGGGGUCGAUGAUGGCCCGUAUGGAGAUUGUGGGAAUAUGGGACCGGAUCUCGAUGAUGGUCAUGGACAUGGACAUGGACAUGCGUAUGUUUUCUCUUUCUCUUUACUUUAA